AUGUUGGCCAAACAAGUUUGGAGGCUCCUCAUUAAUCAUACGUCUCUACUUGCCUGUUCCCUUAAAGCUAAGUACUAUCUGAGGUCUGAUAUUCUCCUAGCUAGUAGUGCUCAUUACCCAUCUUUUGCAUGGAAAAGUCUACUAGUAGGAAAAGAUUUGAUCAUGGAUGGAAUUACGUGGAAAUUGGGGGAUAGUUCGCGUAUCCGGGUUGGUGUGGAUAAGUGGAUUCCUAAUGGAGAUGGAAGCUUCUCUACGGCAAAAGUUUCUACUGGGACCAAAAAUCUUAGAGUUACGGAUUUUAUUCAAGAGGAAGACUUCAGUUGGGAUGUUGGGAUGAUAGAUUUUGUGUUUGAGCAGCCCAGGGAUCGAUGGAAACUCUUUUCUCAACUCAAAGGGAAUCCGAAUGAGGUGGACAAACAUUUUUUGCCCAUGGGUAGUCGAAACAUUUAUACUGUGAAAUCAGGCUAUUGGCUUGCAAGCAAUAUUCAGAGAAGGCAAGAGGCUUCAACUUCGACUCCAAACAACCAUAUGUGGAAUUGGAUUUGGGGGCUUGAGGCAAUUCUUAAGGUGAAAAUGUGCGGAGUCGGCGCAGAGACUAUCGAACAUGCUCUUAGGGACUGCCCUUGGACGGAGUUUUUGUGGGAUAUUUCGCCUCUGAGGCUACAACCUAUUUCAGCGGGGUCACAUUGCUCAAUUUCAGAUUGGUUUGACAGUAUUAAAAGUUUCCCCAACAAAGAGCUCCAUGCGAUUUUUGCUACGGUUUUAUGGUCCAUCUGGUAUGCGCGCAAUUUAUUGGUUUUCCAAAAUAAGGAGCUCUCUCACCUUGACUGCCUUUCCAUUGCUUCUCGAGCUCAGUUGAUUUCACCUCCUUGUUCUGCUACGAAUCUGAGAUUAGAUAUGAAGGUGGAUUGCUCUCGGGAUAAUCAAGUGAAGUUUUUAUGCGAUGUUGCUGUACAUACCAAUCGAGGGGUAGGCUUGGGAGUGGUUUUGAAGGAUAGUGAAGGUGUUAUUCUUGGCUGCAAAUUUGGUUUGCUUCAAGGAGCUUUUACUGCCAUUGAUGGGGAAGCUUUUGCUGUGCUGGAGGCUAUUCGAUGGUGCAGAGAUCGAGGGUUCCAUGAUGAGAUUUUUGAGAUGGAUUGCCAAUUUCUUUACUGGAUGCUUGUGAAAUACGAAAACGACCUAUCCUACUUAAGGGAUACUUUGAGACAGAUCUUCGAGAUUAGUGCUGCUAUACCUCAUUUUGUUUUCAUCUAG